UCGCCUGUUUGUUCACUCCUCCGGGGAGCUGUUACCACCGCCUGAGCAGGAGUUCCUCUCCAACCUCACUGUGACGGAGGAGAUGCGAGAACUGUGUCGCACCAUCGAUGGACUCAUUUACGCCAUCGAUGCGCGCGAAUCGGCGGACCAGUUGUCGCACCUGUACUUUGAGUUGAGUGCUGUUCUUCGGGGCUUCCCGCCGAAGGUGGCCAACAAGGUGCCCAUUAGCAUUCUGUACAUCAUGCCCAAAGAGGCCAUUAAGCUGUCAGUUCAACGCACCGAACAGGAGCCUGUUCUGGUACAACCGGAGCUAGUCAAUCGAGACAGCUACAGCGGGGCAGAGUACACCGCCGCUUGGCAUGACUCUCUUCUCCUGCCCAUCUCUGCACUGCGGCUGUUUGAGUUCUCCAAUCCCUGGCGCCUACAGAAGUGCUCUAGCAAUGACAUAAAGACUCUAAUUCAGGGCAUAAUGUGGUUGCACGUCAAACACCAGUGUUCUUGA